CGUUUCUACAUUUCCUAUCCUCGACGUUGCCUGUUGCUCAAGCCCAGCAGCUCCUCAAACUGAAACACAGAAAGCAGACGCAGCAGGGACAUGCGCACUUAUUAUGGCACAUGAAGUGAAAUGCAUCUCCACGGAUUAUGAGCGUUAUAUUUUUAAGGCGUGCUUCUCAGUUUUGUCGGGAUGUUGUCUAGAGAGAGUGAAUCAGAAGCAAAGCCAUCUAAGAAGAGCAGCACUGCAUUGAAGAUCUUUUAUUUGUUUGGCUUAUUGUUUGGGUUUUUCUUUAUCCUCUUCAUUUAUAUACAAGAUUCAUUUAAAGAACCGUAUAUCAAGCGUGAAGACUCUGCCCUGCCAAUUCAUCUUACCUUCUUUGAUUUAACACCACACAUCAACACAUCCACCAGUCCUCUAUCUGCAAAGGCCUGUGGAGCUCAAGUGGAGGACAGGCCUGUGAUCAAAGUCAUCCAUCUCAACACUUACGUGAUCGGCUCUUACAUAGAGCAUCGUUUCGCAGAGAAACAGAUAAAAACAAUAGCCAUCAUUCUUCGACAUGAGCAGGCGACGUUCAGCUGCGUGAUGUGCUGCGACGAGAAGAUCGUGAGGUUACCGGCUGAAUACUCCAUUCAUUCUGACCACUUUAACUAUGAUUACGGCACGGCUACCAUCACGUGCACUAUCAGAGGCACGUGUCUGACACCGACGCAUGUUGCAAUAACAGCAAGUGGUGUCACAGAGAACAUAAUGUCCUUCAAACCUAUCAGAAACAUAGACUUUCAAACAACCUUCCCGUAUGAGUUCACGGUCUGCAUCUCUGUCAUGUACGAGUACACGAAUGUGCUGAAUCUAGUCCAGGCCAUGGAGAUGUUCAGACUGCUUGGCGCUCAAAGGGUGGCGAUAUAUAAAACCAACUGCGACGAGCGCACGCAGAAGGUUCUGGACUAUUAUGAGAAAAAAGGUUUUGCAGAGAUCAUUCCAUGGACAGUUACAAAGUACAUUGAAGUGUCUCGCGGCUGGAAUAUAAAUAGGUCGCCAGGUCAGUUGCAGUACUUUGGCCAAAUCCCCGCGCUUAAUGACUGUGUUUAUCGUUACAUGUACCAAAGUCACUAUGUGGCUCUGCACGACUUGGAUGAAUUUAUUCUGCCUUUAAAAGUGAAAACCUGGAAGGAGCUGUUACCUGAGCUUGAGACCAAGUACGGUUCUGAUAUAGGCUUUGAGUUUGAAAAUAACGUGUUCCCUUUCAAUGCAGAGGGUCAUGCGGAUUAUGGGCAAGACAAGUGGAAAAACAUACAAGGAUCGAAUAUUUUAAAUUAUAUCAAUCGAGUACCCAACCUCCCUAAUACUUUCAACAAUUAUAAGAUUAUAGUAAAUCCUCGGCUGGUUCUGAAGACCACUGUCCAUGGCCUGCUGGACAGUGUGAAUGGAAAGAGCACGGUCCGGGUCGACAACUCCAUCGCUCGCAUUUACCACUUUAAAAACUUUACGUACCCAGCCGACACAAAGCUUGUAAAAGAUGAUCAUCACUGGAACUAUGCCAAUGAUCUUAUACCGGCUGUGACUAAAGUUCUACAGGCCUGUGGAUUCAUCGAGGGCUAGGAUGUAAAUAUUCAUAGCUUUUCUAUGCUCAAAUAUUAGUAAUGAAGGACUGUGUGGGGCUGAUCUUUUAAUGUUCUCAGGGCUUUAGGGUUUAUAAUAACUAUUUUGCAAAGCUAAUAUAAACUGCAGGUAGACACUGGAACACUGGAAAUCAUUCAUAGUACAUUUAUAAAUUGUGUUGCUCAGUUCUGUAAUAAUCAAUAGAAGUGUGCUUCAUUGGAGUGGGUGAAAAUAAAGAGCAUUGCACAAA